CGUCGCCCGACUCGGCGUCGGGGCAGCAGGCAGGGGCGGAGGCCCGGAGCCCGGUCUGGACCCGCGCGGGGGGCCAUGGAGAAAGCGGCCCGGAUCGCUGUCCACACCGACUAACGCGCGCCCGCUGCUGCUGCAGGCGCCAUGGACCGAGCCCCCGCAGAGCAGAAUGUCAAACUGUCAGCUGAAGUAGAGCCAUUUAUUCCCCAGAAGAAGAAUCCUGAUACAAUUAUGAUCCCUAUGACACUCCCAAAUGAGAAUGGAAGUGUUUCUGGUGUUGAACCAACUCCAAUUCCCAGCUACCUGAUUACUUGUUACCCAUUUGUGCAGGAGAACCAGUCGAAUCGACAGUUUCCAUUAUAUAACAAUGAUAUACGAUGGCAGCAGCCCAGUCCGAAUCCUGCUGGACCGUACCUUGCUUACCCUGUCAUAUCUGCUCAGCCUCCUGUUUCCGCAGAGUAUGCGUAUUACCAGCUGAUGCCAGCACCGUGUGCCCAAGUUAUGGGUUUUUAUCAUCCGUUUCCUACACCGUACUCCAGCACCUUUCAGGCCACAAGUACUGUAAAUACUCUAGCCACAGAGUGUACUGAGCGUCCAAAUCAGCUUGGGCAGGUCUUCCCGUUGUCCAGUCACCGAGGCAGAAACAGUAACAGAGGACCAGUGGUACCAAAACAACAGCUUUUACAACAGCACAUAAAAAGCAAGAGGCCCCUGGUGAAAAAUGUAGCUACUCAGAAAGAGACAAAUGCAGCAGGUCCUGAUAAUCGAUCAAAAAUUGUGCUUCUGGUGGAUGCUGCACAGCAAACUGAUUUCCCAUCAGAUAUUGCCAACAAGUCUCUCUCAGAGAGCACCGCCACAAUGCUCUGGAAGUCAAAAGGCAGGAGGAGAAGAGCGUCCCACCCCACCGCUGAAUCCUCUAGUGAGCAGGGGGCUAGUGAAGCUGACAUAGACAGCGAUAGUGGCUACUGCAGUCCCAAACACAGCCAUAACCAGUCUGCAGCGGGGACUGUGAGAAACCCUGAUUCUGGGACCGUGAGUCAUGUGGAAUCAUCUAUAUGUUCAGGACAUGUAAAUUGGUCCAAUGUAACUUGCCAGGCAACUCAGAAAAAACCUUGGAUGGAAAAACAUCAGACAUUUUCUAGAGGUGGAAGGCAAACUGAACAAAGAAAUAAUGCACAGGUUGGAUUCAGAUGUCGAGGGCAUAGUACUUCCUCAGAAAGAAGACAAAAUUUGCAAAAGAGACAAGAUAAUAAACAGCUAAACCCCAUUCAGUCCCAAAGAGGCGACCCAAAUUCUGAAUCUUUAUAUUUUGAGGAUGAAGAUGGGUUUCGAGAACUGAGUGAGAAUGGAAAUUCUAAAGACGAGAAUAUUCAACAGAAACUUUCUUCAAAAGUAUUGGAUGAUUUACCUGAAAACUCACCAAUCAGUAUAGUUCAGACUCCAAUUCCUAUUACAACCUCUGUUCCCAAACGUGCAAAGAGUCAGAAAAAGAAAGCUUUAGCAGCAGCCCUUGCUACAGCUCAAGAAUAUUCAGAAAUAAGUAUGGAGCAAAAAAAAUUACAGGAAGCUUUAUCAAAGGCAGCUGGAAAAAAGAAUAAAACACCUGUGCAGCUAGAUUUGGGGGACAUGUUGGCUGCCCUGGAGAAACAACAGCAAGCGAUGAAAGCACGGCAGAUCACCAACACCAGACCUCUGUCGUACACAGUGUCCACUGCAGCUUCUUUUCACACUAAAGACUCUACCAGCAGAAAACCUUUAACCAAAAGUCAGACCUGUUUGACAUCCUUAAAUUCUUUAGAUGUGACUUCCUCCAAAGCCAAAAAAGGAAAAGAGAAGGAAAUUGCAAAACUAAAACGACCUACAGCACUUAAAAAGGUCAUCUUGAAAGAAAGAGAGGAAAAGAAGGGGCGUUUAGCUGUGGACCACAGUCUUGUGGGAUCUGAGGAGCCGAUAGAAAGGCACUUAGAUUUUAUUGAUGAUUUGCCACAGGAGAGUGUUUCCCAGGAAGAUACUGGACUGAGCAUGCCCAGCGACGCUUCACUGUCUCCAGCAAGUCAGAACUCUCCGUAUUGUAUGACGCCUGUGUCGCAGGGCUCUCCUGCUAGCUCUGGAAUAGGCAGUCCUAUGGCGCCUUCAACAGUAACCAAAAUCCACAGCAAAAGAUUCAGAGAGUAUUGUAAUCAGGUUCUUUGUAAAGAGAUUGAUGAAUGUGUGACUCUUCUACUUCAAGACCUUGUCAGUUUCCAGGAACGCAUUUACCAGAAGGAUCCUGUGAGAGCAAAAGCAAGGAGGCGACUGGUUAUGGGCCUCAGGGAGGUUACCAAACAUAUGAAGUUAAACAAGAUAAAGUGUGUGAUAAUUUCUCCAAACUGUGAGAAAAUCCAGUCAAAAGGUGGCUUGGAUGAGGCCCUCUAUAAUGUUAUAGCCAUGGCGCGGGAACAAGAAAUUCCUUUUGUGUUUGCCCUUGGAAGAAAAGCUCUGGGACGUUGUGUGAACAAGCUGGUUCCUGUUAGUGUAGUGGGAAUCUUCAACUACUUCGGUGCCGAGAGCUUGUUUAAUAAGUUAGUAGAACUCACUGAAGAAGCCAGGAAAGCAUACAAAGAUAUGGUUGCAGCAAUGGAACAAGAGCAGGCUGAGGAAGCCUUAAAGAAUGUGAAGAAGGUGCCACACCACAUGGGGCAUUCCCGCAAUCCCUCUGCGGCCAGUGCCAUUUCUUUCUGCAGUGUUAUUUCUGAACCCAUCUCUGAAGUAAAUGAAAAGGAAUAUGAAACAAAUUGGAGAAGCAUGGUGGAAACUUCAGAUGGACUGGAAACAUCAGAAAACGAGAGAGAGGUUUCCUGUAAGCACAGCACAUCUGAAAAGCCCGGUAAACUCCCAUGUGACACAGCCCCUGUUGGUAAGCAGCCAUCGCUAGUGACUGCAGGCAGCUCUACCUCAGCCACGAACCCUGGCAAGCCUCCAGCAAGUGAUAAAGAGGAAGCGAAGCCAGAUGACCUGGAGUGGGCCUCACAGCAGAGCACAGAGACCGGCUCUUUGGAUGGCAGUUGCCGAGAUCUUUUGAAUUCCUCCAUCACCAGCACCACUAGCACUCUCGUACCUGGCAUGCUUGAAGAAGAGGAUGAUGAAGACGAGGAGGAGGAAGAAGAUUAUACUCAUGAACCCAUAUCUGUAGAAGUGCAGCUCAAUAGUAGAAUUGAGUCUUGGGUCUCAGAGACCCAGAGAACUAUGGAAACUCUCCAGCUUGGAAAAGCCCUUAAUGGUCCUGAGGAAGACAAUGCAGAGCAAAGUGGAGAAGAGGAAGCAGAGGUGCCUGAGCCGCGGGAGCCAGGGAUGGAUGGUGAGGCAUGGGCUGCUGACCAGCAAGCCCGUCAUGAGCAGCAGAAGCCCAGCAGCUGUGGUUCACUGAACAAAGAGCACACUGAUGCUAAUUAUACACCCCAAAAUAUAUAACUCAGGAAUGUCGGAGAUCUGUUCCAGCCGUGUAAGGGUUGCAGCCAUUACCUUUUAUGCUUCAUCUCAACAUUUUGCACUGUUCUGUAUUUAAUAUAUGUAUUUAAUUCCCAACAGAAAUAUUUUUGUAGUUGUCUUUUACUUGUUUUGUCAUGAUACAUAGCUUAGCUUUUAAUUAGCAUCUAAGUGUCUUUCUAAGAACUGUGUGUAAAAUUCAGAUCCAUUUCAGCUUGUUUUGUAAGGGAAAAUAAUGAUUUAAAAAAAAAAAGACCAAAUUUUAAAGAAAAUAAAAUGCCUAGACUUAUUUUGAAAGUUAAAGAUCAAGGGUCUAAGGAUAGGAGCAGAUAGCAGUGUUUGCUUUAAGACUACGACUCCUUCACUCUAAUUUGUGUGACUGGAAAGGUAUUUGGGCUUCUUUAAAAAAGAACUCGAGGUAGAAUCAGAAAACUAAUAAAAGUUGUUGUUAGGUGCCAUCAAGUUGGUUGUACUGAUCCUGUGUACAACAUAAUGAAACAUUGCCCAGACCUGCACCAUCCUCACGAUCAUUGUUAUGCUUGACCCCAUUGUUGCAGCCACUGUGUCAGUCCACCUCGUUGAGGGUCUUCCUCUUUUCCGCAGACCCUGGUACUCUGCCAAGCAUGAUGUCCUUCUCCAGGGACUGAUCCCUCCUGACAACGUGUCCAAAGUAUGUAAGACACAGUCUCGCCAUCCUUGCUCCUAAGGAGCAUUCUGGUUGCACUUCUUCCAAGACAAAUUUGUUCAUUCUUCUGGCAGUCCAUGGUAUGUUCAAUAUUCUUCGCCAGCACCACAAUUCAAAGGUGUCAGUUCUUCGGUCUUCCUCAUUAAUUGUCCAGCUUUCACAUGCAUAGGACGUGAUUGAAAACACCAUUGCUUGGGUCAGGAGCACCUUAGUCUUCAAGGUGACGUCUUUGCUUUUCAACAUUUUUGCAGCAUACUUACCCAGUGCAUUGUGUCUUUUGAUUUCUUGACUGCUGCUUCCAUGGAUGUUGACUGUGGAUCCAAGUAAAAUGAAAUCCUUGACAACCUCAGUCGUUUCCCCGUCUGUCAUGAUGUUGCUUAUUGGUCCAGUUGUGAGGAUAAUAAAAAUUAGGAAACUAAAAAUUGAUGCAACUUUUAUUUGGUCCACAAACAGUUGUUUCAGAAGUCACUGAUGAUUGUGAUAGACUCAGAUUGGGAUGGGCUAAAACUUAGGCUAGCCAAGGAAACCGGGCACUGUCAUCAGUUGUAGCUGGCCUUGUUUGUGGAAAGGGACAGAUGUUGUCUGUAGUAGUGAAAAGUCAUCCUGAUGGGACCUUUCAGGUUCUGACUCAGAUUUGCUUCUUACUUACCUCAGGAAAGCUCUUGUACAUAGUCUUAUUUACACAAAACUAGACAAAUUUUGGCAGGCGAGUAACUAACCAAUUGUGUGACUGCAGAACUUAGAUGGGACAUGUCCAGAAACAAAGCUUGCUCUGGUGUGUUCUCUUGCAUGCUUGUGAUUCAGGAUCUUUUGGGUUUGAUACAUGGCCCUGAUUUGAGUAUCCAGACUCAUCCUGAGUGAGACAGCUUCACCUUAUCUUUGAUGUACAUUUUGUUCCCAGCCUUGAGCAUCUUUCACAUAACAGCAGCCAUAGUUACUGACAGGAGGCCAGGAGCAGGAGCUUUACUGCACUUCCUAUGUGUGUCCUGGUAACUGAAGGCUUGGAUGAGAACGUUCUAGAAGAAAGGAGAAAAGUUGUUCUAAUUGUGCUGAAACUAUUACGUGAUUUAGAGUAUCCAGGUAUAUGCAGUUACUGUCAUCACUCUUAUCUCUGCCCUUCCCUGGAAAUGUUUGCCUGCUUGGGAGAAAUUCAACUCACUGAGCUAAAUGUCAUAUUUGAUAGUUGGUCACCAGCUGGACUUCAGUGACCUCUACAAGUUUAUGUAAUGGUGGGAGAAUUAAAAAUUGUGUACUUUUCUGUCUUCCUUCUGACUGCACCCCCACAACUGACCACACAGACACAGCCCAGCUUUCCGCUUAAGCUCUCAUAAGCAAAUGCAAAACCGAAGAUGAAAGGAUAUUUCCCUGUCUGGUUAUGGUGGGCCAGGGCCUUUUCCUCACAGAGGCAACAGGGGAGAAAUGGCCAGAUUAUUGACUGAACUCGUUGAAACUGCUGUGUUAGUUUGUGGUGUGUUACAAUGCUGGCAUUUAACUACUAGAGAGAUCAGAUUCUUGGUUAAUGAUUUAGGAUUUGUGAAUUGCAACAGUUUAGGAGCGUUGCUAUAUAGAAGAUGUCAGUCUGUCCACCUUACUAGUGUGCUAACGGGGGGACAUUAUUGUACUGUCCUGACUACACUGCUCUCCCGCAGAGAAGUCUUAGGCACCGAGGACCCAGCACUUAAGUGCAGCAUGUAAGGAAUGAAGCCUCUGAGAUAGUAAUCGUGGGUUUACAUGUGGCAGAUCUUAUUGUCGCUACACGUUUGCAAGUGUUAUUUAUUUUAAAUAAAUGAUAGAGAUUUUGAACUACUGACAUUCUUAAGAGUGAAUUUAAAAACUUUUCAUACUUUUUAUGGUGUAAAUUUCCUUGGCUGGGUGUCAGUGAUUCGGAUAACUCUUGAUCUUGAGGUAAUGGCUUUUCAGAGGUUUCUUAUAUUUUGUAUCUCUUCUGAACAUGAAUUGUCAUUUUAGAUUUUUGACAUUUGUAUCUACAGAGAUGUUCAGGAACGCCUCAGAACACCAGUAACUUUUAAUUUUCUGUAGACUUCACACUGUUCAAUUCCGUACGUGUUCAGUACAUGAUCUCACACGUGCAGCACCUCUUUGCCAGCCGAGGCAAGGGACCACAGCCUUUUUCUGUAGGAGCCAGGCCACCUCUAGAGAACACCCCAGAAUGUAAUAAAGGUAAUGCUACUAUGCUGAGAUGCUUAAGUAAGUAUUAGUAAUGUCCUUAUAAUUUGUUUCCUUUAGAUUUUGGAAUUUGUGUAUAUUGAAUGAUAGGCUUUGGAGGACGUGUGAAAAUUAGGAAAGCGUUGUGGGUUUUUUGCUGUCAUUCUGCAAGGUGGGGUGGCUGUUUAGAGACCUAGAAAGAGAUCUAAUGAUAAAAGUAAAGUUUCAUCAUUACAAGAAAUAAAAACCAUAGCGAUAUUUUUCUUAGUUUGUAGAGAUUGUUUUACUGGCAAUAAUUAAUAUUAGAUUUCUAUUUCAGUAUAUAAGUAUGUGAAUUACAAUAUGAAUUUACUCCCAAAAUUAGAUUUCUGCUUCAGUAGGUUUGUUUGCUGUGGAGAUUACUUCUCAAAAGACAAAUGUUCAUAUUAGCUUGAUUUUGGGUUUAAAUAUGUUUGUAAAUGAUGUGAGUAUAUUUCUUUUGACUAAACAUGAAAAAAUGUGCAUUAUACACUGACAGUUUUUAAAGGCUUUGACUGGAGGUCAUUUAUGCAGAGAAAGUAUUUUGUAUGCUUCCAGUAUUUGGAAAAGAAGUGGUCAAAAGGAAUUCAUGUAGUUAAAAUAUUGAGAAAUUAAUAUCCAAAUAAUGUACUUGUCUGAUUUCUUAAUAAGCUGGGGGAGGUGGGUGGGGUGGGAUUGUAACAUGCAAAUGAGUAGUGAACUCUACAGUCAUUUUUCAACUCUUCAACGUAAAACUUAAAUCUUAACACAUCAUUACUUUAAAUGUAUGUAUAAAGAAGUAGUAUUCUUUGUAAAGAUGCAGUUUGCUUAAAAAAAAAAAAAACACCUAUCGUUUAAGUAUUUUCUGUAUGUUGUUGCCAACAGCUUAGAACAUUUAUCCAUUAAAAAAAUUAACGAUCUUUUAUUGACUUAAAAAAUUUUCUAAGAAAUAGUUUAUUUACAAACCUCCUUUUUUUCCCUUGCUCCUUCCAACCCUCACAUACAUCAUGGACUCAAAAACAAAAUAUCUGCUUAAUUGAAAUCCAAAUUCUAAUUAAUGAUAAAAAUCUAAACUUCGUUGGCACAUUACACCUUAAAAGUAUUUGUAUUAUUUUGUAAUUUAAUUUCUAAAUAUACCGUGUGAAUUUAUAGUUUAACUUCUUAAUUGUAAUGCUCUGAUAAAAAGCUAGCAAAAAUUCGUGUGAAGUAUAACAUGAAGGUAUUUUCAUCUUGCUCAUGUGCUGUAUGAUGGAUAAUUGUUAUAUCACAUUCUGGGGGUGAUAACAGCUUUUUUGCACUAUGUAAAUACUAGUAGGGACUCUUCUGUAACUAAUAAAAUGGUGACUGAAA